AUGGUUGAAACAUGGGAGACUCUGGUCGCGAAAAAGCAAGCAGAGGCUGCGGAUAAAAUCCCCUCUGCCUGGCGUUUGCCCUCCGAAUACACCGUGGAUGUUUCGGAGACAUCCAGCCUUAAUGUGCUCGAUAUACCGCGGCGCUCCGGUCUUUUGUCUGAGAAGCAGCUUGAAAUUACGGAGACCAACGAUGCCACGUCACUUCUUGAGAAAAUACGCAAGCAAGAACUCUCUGCGUACGAAGUUACCGAGGCGUUCUGCAUUCGCGCCGCGAUUGCACAGCAGCUGACAUGCUGUCUCACAGAGACUCUGUUUGACCGAGCUUUGAACCGAGCGAAAGAGCUGGACGACCAUUUGACGAAAACAGGGCAGGUUGUUGGGCCACUCCACGACCCGUGGCGACUGGACUCAUCAGUGAUCUCCUCUCCGUGGAGAGAAGUGAAGCCCAAGUCAACGUUCCGCCUUGGCUUGAUUGUGGAAGAUUCCCACUUCCCGAUCCACCCGCCUGUGCAGCGCACCUUGAACGAAGCAGUCAAGAAGCUUGAAGCAGCUGGGCAUGAAAUCGUGGCCCUAAAUCCACCUUCUAUUCGGGAUGCGUUGGUUUUGGCAUUCAGGAUGUUCGCUAUGGACCCAGAGGAAACAGCUUUCAAGCACAUCGCUGCCAGUGGAGAGCCUACCAUUCCGGCCUUGGCUUCCACGGCGCUACCGCAUGAAUAUCUUGAGGAAGAGCAUUUGCCCCGACUAUUGACUCUCUAUACGAGCUGGGGGCCCAGCGAAUCCAGUUCAAAGAGAAGUUCCGGGCGCUCAUCACGGAAGCACAAGUGGAUGCGAUUGUCAUGCCAGGUUUUAUGGAAUGUGAUGGAUUACCCUGCCUCCAUCGUUCCGUUUGGAAAAGCGGACAAGGCUGCCGAUGCUCCUUUUGUCCGUGAUGUGUACUACAAGCCACCUUACAAACCAGAUGAGAUUGAAGGUGCUCCAUGCUGUGUGCAGGUGGUGACAAGGAAUAUGCAAGACGAGGAGCUUGUGAAUGUUACCCGAGCUGUCGCGGACGUACUUGGCAGUCAAUGA